UGCUCCCCCUGGGCCCCAGCGGGAAGCCCGAGCCCUGCCUCCGGUUCGUGUCCCCACCCAACGCCAGCCUGCCCAACGACACCCGGGGGGCCACCGAGCCAUGCCUGGACGGCUGGGCCUACAACAGCAGCACCGGGGACUCCAUUGUGACGGAGUGGGACUUGGUGUGCGACUCGAACAAACUGAAGGAGAUGGCCCAGUCUGUGUUCAUGGCGGGCACGCUGGUCGGCGGCAUCGUGCUGGGAGGCCUGUCUGACAGGUUUGGCCGGAAGCCCAUCCUGUCGGGCAGCUACCUGCUGCUGGCGGCCAGCGGCUCGGGCGCAGCCUUCAGCCCCUCCUUUGCCAUCUACAUGGUCUUGCGCUUCCUGUGUGGCUUCAGCAUGGCCGGGGUCACCCUGAGCACCGUGAUCCUGAAUGUCGAGUGGAUGUCCACGCAGCUGCGGGCCGUCAUGACGGUGGGGAUCGGCUACUUCUACACCGCUGGCCAGUUCAUUCUGCCCGGCCUGGCCUACGCCAUCCCCCAGUGGCGCUGGCUGCAGCUGACCGUGUCCGUUCCCUUCUUCGCCUUCUUCCUGCUGUCCUGGUGGGUCCCAGAGUCCAUCCGGUGGAUGGUGCUUUCUGGAAAGUCUCCGAAGGCCCUGAGGAUCCUCCAGUGGGUGGCGGCCUUCAACGGCAGGAAGGAGGCGGGAGAGAAACUCAGCCUGGAGGAGCUCAAGCUUGACCUGCAGAAGGAGAUCUCCUUGGCCAAGGCCCACUACAGCGUGGCCGACCUGUUCCGGACUCCCGUGCUGCGCCGCGUGACCUUCUGCCUCUCCCUGGCCUGGUUCGCCACCAGCUUCGCCUACUACGGGCUGGUCAUGGACCUGCAAGGCUUUGGGGUGAGCAUCUACCUCAUCCAGGUCAUCUUCGGAGCCGUGGACCUGCCUGCCAAGUUUGUGGGCUUCGUGGCCAUCAACCACCUGGGCCGGCGGCCGGCCCAGAUAGCCGCCCUGCUCCUGGCGGGCCUCUGCAUCCUGGCCAACGGGGUGAUACCCCAGGAUCAGUCCACGGUCCGAACCUCCCUUGCUGUGCUGGGCAAGGGCUGCCUGGCUGCCUCCUUCAACUGCAUCUUUCUAUACACUGGGGAGUUGUACCCCACAAUGAUCCGGCAGACAGGCCUGGGGAUGGGCAGCACCAUGGCCCGCGUGGGCAGCAUCGCCAGCCCCCUGGUGAGCAUGACCGCGGAGCUCUUCCCCUCCAUGCCUCUCUUCAUCUACGGCACUGUCCCCGUGGUCGCCAGCGCUGUCGCCGCCCUCCUGCCGGAGACGCUGGGCCAUCCCCUGCCGGACACGGUGCAAGACCUGGAGAACAGGAGGAGAGGGAAACCGCAGCGACAGCAGCAAGAGCAGCAGAAGCAGAUGGUCCCGCUCCAGGCCUCGGCCCAAGAGAAGAAUGGAAUCUGAGCACGGAGAACGGGCCCUACAGAGCCCCACAGGGAGCGCCGGGCCUGCAGGGCCUGGGCCACCUGCACGAGGAGGGAGCAGGGGCGGUGGCUCAGGGUGGCACCUCCCAGGGGCCGCCCUGAACAGAUUCCACCGAGACCACAUCAUUAAAAGGGUUCUGUGGGCAGCGUC